UGAUCAUCUUCGUAGCUCUCCUCCGGAGCCUCUCCAACAGCUCUCCGUCUUUCCUGUACUGGGGGCCGCGCUCAGGAGGCACGGCCAUACCCAGGGGCGGGGCUCCGUUGCCGGUCGCUCUGCAGCUGUCGGCCGUAGGGGGCGCGCCGCGUUAGCGGCGUGCGGGGAUGACGAAGGCGGAAGUGGGGGCGCUGGGGUAGCGGUGCCGUCAGGGGCGCCGCGGUCGCUCCGCGCUAGCAGCGAGCCGGUUCCGCCAUGGAGGUACAAGAUGGAGGACAAGAAAUGGUGGCAUCCCCGGCCACACCAGGAUCAGGCAAAUCAAAGCUGGACACAUUGCCCAAAGAAGAUCUCAUCAAGUUUGCAAAAAAGCAAAUGAUGCUAAUACAGAAAGUGAAGUCAAGAUGUACAGAACUGGAGAGAGAAAUUGAAGAACUCAGGUCUAAACCAGCUACUGGAGGAGCUGAUGAUAUUAUUCAGGCUCUCACAGAAAGACUGGAUGUUGUACUUCUGGAAAAAGCUGAAAGUCAGCAACAGUGUGUAGCUCUGAAAAAAGAAAAUCUUCAAAGAAAACAAGAAGCGGAGGCUGCAGUGGCUAAGACAGAAGAAUUGCAGAAGCAACUGGAGCAAUCAAAUACUGACUCGCUGGAAGAAAUAAAAGCUCUGAAGGACGAAUUAAUAAAUGCACAAUCCAAAUACAAUGAGGACUUAACAAAGCUGAAAACAGAAUUAGAAGAGCAAGAGAAGAAACAAAUGGAACUGGUGGAACAGAUUGAAUGUUGUAGUGAUAAUCAAGAAGAAGUUAAAAGAUUACAAGAUUAUGUCCAAAAAAUUAAAUCUACUUACGAGGAACAAAUUUUGUGCUUGAGCAAGCAGUUGGAAGCUGUGAAUGAUGACAAAAACAAAGAAAUUGCAACUCUGCAAGAAACUAUUAAAAGCAACUCUCAGUGUUACCACAGUGAAAUCAAUAGUCUGAGUGAAGAGCUUAAACAAUUAAAAGUUGCCCAUCAGGAAGAGGUGUCAGAACUGAUGCAUCACAUUGAAAUAUCUUGUAAAGAAAAUGAAGAAAAGCAAAAUCAGAUAAAUCAGUUACAGCACAGUCUGGCAGAGGCAGAUUUAAUGAAAGAGAAAAAUGUGAAAGAUGAAACAGAUGGUCAUACUGAGCAGCAUGAGCAUGACUUUGAGCAGCUAAAACGAGUCUUAAACAAAAAUAUAGAAAACAAGGUAGAUGUUUUAGGUAUGCAAGAAGAGCCUUGUGUAGAAGCAAAAAUGGAAGAAAAAAUUAGACACCUGGAGUGUAGCUUAGGUGAUCUCCAGUCUCAACAUAGUAUUUUAAAGGAUGAGCUAACUUAUAUGAGUAAUGUUAAACUAAAACUGGAGGAGGAAAUUCAUCGCAUAAAAGAUGAGCAUUUUCAUGAAAGAGAAGACUUGGAUUUUAAGAUAAAUGAAUUGCAGCUUAUUAAAGAAGACUAUUGUUGUGUGAUUGAAAAACUGAAAUUGGAGCUUCAAGCAGCAAGACACCACUGGGAAACCAUGGCAGAAGAACAUAAACUAGAAACUCAGAAUUUGAGGGAGCAACAUGAAAGAGAAAUCUCUGAGCUAAAUAAAACGUUAUUAUCUAGUUCUGAAAAAGAAAAAAUGGCAUUACUGUUUGAAAUGCAGGACCUUAAAGACCAACUUGAAAAGCUGACUCAGGAGAAGGAAGAUGCAGUACUCAGUUAUGAUAGCCUGAGAGAAACUCUAGAAACAAUACAGACUGAGUUAGGAGAAUCUGCUGGAAAGAUCAGCCAGCAGUUUGAAUCAAUGAAACAACAGCAAGCUUCUGAUGUCAGUGAACUGCAACAGAAACUCCGGGCUGCUUUCAAUGAGAAGGAUGUUCUCCUUGAAACUGUGAAUCGCCUCCAGGCAGAAACACAGAAAUUGUCUUCUUAUCAGCUAGAGAUAGAAGAACUUAAACAUAAAAUUGUUGGUCUUCAGGAGGAAAAUGACACAAUAACGAGCUGCAUUCACCAAAAAGAGGCUUCUAUAAAGGAACUGGAAGAGAAGAUAAUUGCUCUUGCCAAUCAAAACAAGGAUAUUUUAAAUGAAGUGAAAUGCUCAGGUGAAGAGAGAGAAGCCCUUCAGGAAAGGUGCAAGCAAGAGCAAGGAAAAGUUCAGGAACUUCAGCAAGAGGUAGAUGUUGCUAACCAGUGUAAUAGUGACCUGAAGAAAAAGCUGGAGGAAUUAACAGGGAGACUGAAUGAUGCUUUAACUGGUAAGAAUGAAAACACUAAAAUGCUGGAGCAAUUGGAAAAUCAGGUUGACACUCUAGUGCGUGAAAGAGAGAACGUUUCAUCUGAAGUGUCUGCUCUUCGUGAGGAAAAUAAGAAAAUUGUUCAGGAAAAAGAGGAAUUAAGUAAAGAGCUGGAAAAAAUAAUGUAUGAAAAAGAUGGUUGGCUAGUAUUGAAAGAGAAGUCUGAAAACUUAGAGAAGAAAUUACAAAUAAUGACUGCGGAAAAAGACCGUAUAUCAUCAUUGCUUGAAAGUGAACAAGCUCACAAAUCCCUUGUAAGAACUCAACUGUACCACAUGCUUGAGCAAGUGGGGUACAGCAUUUCCGACUCUAAUGAGGAAUGUGAUUUUCUCAACUUACUACAGAUUGCAAAUGAACACUUGAUAAAAAUGAAAGAAAAGCAGUGCUUUGCUCUACAGAAUGAGGAAAAAGUUAUUCAUUUGCAGAGGGAAAUUGAGAGACUAGAGGAAGAAAACACAACUCAAUAUACAGAACAUAGAUCCCUGCUUCAGGAUCUUGGAAGAGAAAAAGAUCUUUUGAAAGAAGAGUUGGAAGAAGUGUUGUCUGAAAAAGAAGCCCUUCAACAUGAUAUCCAGGAGCUGAAGAGUGCUGGUGAAAAAGCAACGAUUGAAAAUCAAGAUCUGUUAGCUAAGAUUGAAGGGAUGUCUGAAAAACUUGCUUUUUAUGAAAGCCAAAUACAGGAACAGCAAAAAGGAUCCAAAGCUCAAGAAGACUUAAAUUUCAUUCUGGAACAAAAGGAAACUGAACUUAGAAAUGUGAAAGACGAACUGAGUUCUCUAAAGACUGUAAUGGAGACACUGACUGAGAAAAAUGAUGAACAAUCUUCAGUAGCAGAGCUUCAGGAAAAAAUUGGAAGACUAGAAAAAGAAUCUGCAGAAAAAGGAGAGAAGCUAAAUAAAAUGAAAGCUGUUGCUGUGAGAGCAAAGAAAGAAUUAGAUACCAGCCGGAAAGAGAUGCAGACUCUGAGGGAGGAAUUGGAGGUGGUUCGAUCAGAAAAAGAUCAACUGUCUGCUUCAAUGAAAGAUGUCAUUCAAGGAGCUGAAAGUUAUAAGAAUCUUCUGAUGGAAUAUGAUAAACAAGGAGAAGAGCUGGAUUCCGAAAGAGGCAGAGCAAAUAGUCUUGAACGUCAGAUAGAUGACCUCACAAGACAGCUACAGCUGUCAUCCCAGCAGCAUGAUCAGCUACAUUCUGCUAAUGAAGACCUACUGGCUCGUGUCGAAACACUGCAGUGUAAUUCUAAGCUGCUAGAAGCUCAGAUACUGGAGCUACAAAAGGUGAAGGCGAAGGCUGAAAAAGAACUGGAAGCUGAAAAGCUUCUAAAAGAACAGAAAAUAAAGGAACAUAAUGGUACUCUCCGAGAAGUGGAAGAACUUCAAAUGCAACUUCAGAAGGAAAAGAAGUAUCUGCAGAAAAUUAUGCAAGAGCUAGAGCUGGCCAAAAAGGAUGCUCAAAAGAGUACACUGAUGGAUAUGGAAAUAGCAGAUUACGAAAAGCUGGUAAAAGAACUUAAUCAGAAGAUUACUGAUAAAGAUAGUAGAAUAGAAGAUCUUGAGCAAGAGACGGGGAUUCAGAAACAAAAACAAGAGACCCUACAGGAAGAAAUAAAGUCUCUUCAGUCAACAAUGCAGCAGGACGAGGAAAGAAAUGCCAAGAUAAAACAACUCCUGGUGAAAACCAAAAAAGAAUUGGCUGAUUCAAAACAAGCUGAAAAUGACCAUCUGAUGUUGCAGGCAUCAUUAAAAGGAGAACUGGAAGCCAGUCAGCAACAAGUGGAAGCCUUGAAGAUUCAAGUAGCUGCACUGACAUCAGAAAAGCAUAAAGUCCAGGAACAUCUACGCACUUCUUCUGAGCAACACCAGCGUACACUGAGUGCUUACCAGCAAAAAAUUGCAACUUUGCAAGAAGAAUGUAGAGCAGCACAGGCUGAGCAGGCAUCUGUUACAUCUGAAUUUGAAAGCUACAAAGUUCGUGUUCAUAAUGUUUUAAAACAACAAAAAAAUAAAUCUGCUUCUCAGACAGAAACUGAGGGAGCCAAACAAGAAAGAGAACAGUUGGAAAUGGUGAUAGAACAACUAAAAGUUAAGCUACAAGAAACUCAGCAUAAUUUACAGAUGAAUGCAGCUGAAUUCCAGGCGUUGCAGUCUGAACAUGACACCCUGCUGGAAAGACACAAUAAGAUGCUGCAAGAGACUGUUGCAAAAGAGGCAGAACUCCGUGAAAAGUUCUGCACAAUACAGUCUGAGAAUAUGGUCAUGAAAACAGAGCAUGCUCAGGCUUUGAGUCAGCUGACAGCCCAGAAUGAAGCUCUCCGGAACAAUUUCAGAGAUCAAGUCAGGAACCUGCAAGAAGAACACAGGAAGACAGUAGAGACACUUCAGCAGCAACUGUCCAGGGUGGAAGCUCAGCUUUUCCAACUCAAGAGUGAACCAAGCACUAGAGGUCCAGCUGUUUCAAAUCCUGUACCAAAGAACUUAAGAGAACGGCGAAACACGGACCUUCCCGUUCUAGAUGUGCACGCUGUAGCAAGGGAGGAAGGAGAAGGUAUGGAAACAACGGACACUGAGUCCGUCUCUUCAGCCAGCACCUACAUACCAUCCUUGGAACAGCUUCUAAACUCUCCAGAAACAAAACCAGAAACAUCCCAGUGGCAAACAGAGCUCACCAAGGAUGAACUGAUUGAGAAACUAAGCACAACAACAAAGAGUGCUGAUCACCUGAAUGAAUUACUUCGUGAAUCAGAAGCGACCAAUGCAAUCCUAAUGGAGCAAAUAAAGCUUCUUAAAAGUGAAAUAAGAAGAUUGGAACGAAACCAGGAGAGAGAAAAAUCUGUGGCUAAUCUAGAAUAUUUGAAGAACGUUCUAUUGCAGUUCAUAUUCCUCAAAUCAGGAAGUGAAAGAGAGAGGCUGCUGCCAGUAAUAGACACCAUGUUGCAACUUAGCCCUGAAGAGAAAGGGAAGCUGGUUGCAAUUGCCCAAGGUGAGGAAGAGAGUUCCUCACGGCCCUCUGGGUGGGCUUCAUACCUUCACAGCUGGUCAGGACUGCGAUGAGACAGUGGAAGCGCUGCAUCUUUAAAUACAUUCCACCAUUACAAAAAGAGAAAUCCUAAAGUAGAAGAACAAUCCACUGGUGUUUCAACAUUGAACUAUGGGGUUUUGUUUCUGUGUAUUAUUUUCAGCUUUUAAGUUUCUUCUUAUGGAAGAACACCUCAUCAGCUCUGAAAGACUAUACUGUAUCGCAUUCUGACAGCAGAGAACUUCUUGUCAAAGCUGAUGAGCAGACAUAUAGUGAGAAGCAACAAACUAAUUGUAAAUUGCUUAAAACAGAAUUUGACAAACUUGCGACAGGUCUUUUAAUGCUGAUUUGAAGAAAAAGUUGAUUUAAUAUAGCUACUGGAAUACCUAGACUUAAAAUAUUUUGAAGUGUUUACAGUUCCUCACAAAUUUUUGUCAGCUCGCUAGCCUAUAUGGUUCGUGCACAUUGAAGGAAUUAAGAGUUAUUUCCUCUCUGGUGAUGCUUACAAAAUGUAAGGUCAGUUGUGAGCAGAAGAGGGAUUUUCUGUUUUGAAUAAAUUUUUAGUCUUAGUUAUGUUUUUUCUUUUGGAAUUGCUGGACCGAAAAUAUGAAGGCAGCGAUCCACAAAACUUAAAGGGGCCUAAAAUUAUAUAAAAUACAAUGUUUGGCACAUCUAUGGCAUGGUACUGUAGAGGUGGUUAAUGGCAUCUCUGGAAGUCUUGGGAUAGUACCCCAAGAACCAGUGCUUAUGAAUGAGCUGAAGUUUUAGGAGAAAGGACUUAAGAUACAGCUUUUUAAUGUGAGGUUGGAUGUGUGUGUUCAAGACCAGGAAGUAAUGUUACACUACUGUAGUGAUGCCUGUACUUGAAUGAAAAGGCUCUAUCUGUACUUAGUCAUAUAGAAGAUACUAAAGAAAGAAUCAUGAGUUUGUACAUCAGACCCUUUGUGGUAACAUUUGAAAGAAAAGGACAGAACUUCCAUCAGUAGGUGUACAUUUUAAAUGUCCUGAAGAUUGAAGAUGUUAUAUUCUUCCAUCACUUCUGUUUGCACACUACAUUUGCACAAAUCUUUUGUACAGAUGAUUUAAUAUCUGUUCCAGGCUCUUUGGGUUUUGUUGGUUUUUUUGUUGUUGUUGUUGUUCUCCAGAAAAUAAAUCUGCAACUGAGCUAUUUCUUCUGUUAUCAACCCAACACCUUUUUGUUUUUUUUCCCCUUUUAUGCCAUGCUGCCUUUCACUAUCUUAAUUUAUUUGUAAAUUGCUGAAGUGCUUACAUGUCAUUUCUUCACCCUGCUUAUCUUUCAACUACAGAAUGUUUUGGAGUUUCUUUUUCUUCUCUAGUUGCCCUCUCCCACACUUUUACAGUGAAUCAUUUCUUGGUGUACAUAUCAAUUCUAAAUAAUAUUCUUUCUUUCCUGCCCAUCUUAGUUGAGGCCCUGCAGAUUGAUGCUCAUUCCUUUAAUAUUACCUCGCUUGGGGCUGAGAUUUAUCUGGAUUCAAGAACAGAAAGUCAGAAUGCACAGUUAGUAAAAGCAGUUACUGAACAGUUUAUUAUGAUUGUUUUUUGCUGUUGGUGUAUAUUUCCAACUGACAAACAACUGACAAAUUCAACAGACUUUAGCUAUUCCACAGUCUUGAGCACAAUUUAUUUUUCUUCCAUUAUAUGCUCUAACUGGAAUCUUCAUGAUUUGUGCUACCAGUGAAAAUGCCCUGUGUGGACUUUCAGAUCACAGAACUGGUAACCAAUAGCAUAGGGCAUCUAUAGUUUGGAGAUGCAGAUAGCAAGCAUGAGGCUACAUGUGUUUCUGAAACGAUAACUGUAUCUUCAACAUUUGUGAUUUGCUCCAGAUCUCUGCUUAAUACUAACUCUUGUUUGCAGCUGGAUUUUGUUAGUGUCACUCUAAAGAAUGCUAGAGCAGAGCUAGGGGAGAGAGUUCAGAUAGACAUAAAAAUGUGUGUAAGUCAUUCUCCUGCUGUGAUUUUAACAAUAGAAGCACAUGAGUGACUUUUUUUUUCUAAGCUCAGUUCAAACUUAGUUUGCAGCUGACCUGAAUUAGUCCCUUCUGCACAAUGUCUGCUCAACUGCCUCUGGAGAUCUGUGACAAGUUCCUUUUUUAAAUGCACAUAUUUCAGAACUAUAGAUUAUUUAACAUUGUGAACUGUGAAUAAAUGCAUGCAAAUAACAUAUCUUUGGCUGUACUAAGUACCACAUGCUUAGUGACUUCUUUUUCCAGGUCCAAGUUGCACACUUACUGAUCUUAGUAAAACUCAAGCAUUGUCUUUAUGAAUGUAGUGGACACCUCUUGCAUCACUAUAUAUAUUUUAUUAAUGAAAGAUUAAGGUCUUAAUGUUAAAAAUAUUUUAAUAACUGCUACUAAGUCGUGUUUUGAUGCAACGAUUGCCAGAACUUAACCUCAGUGGCAAAAAAUUGAUGUGAGUAAAUAUAUCAAGGUUUAAUAUGCACUUGCAGUCAAUGGCAUUAGAAGAGUAUGGACUGGACACAGAAUUAUUUUGCAUAGUAGUUUUUAUAUGUCAUGUAUUUGCAUUUGUAACAUUACAGCAUUGUGGCUGUGAUUUGCUUUCAAAAAGCAGUUUAAAAUGGUAACUAGUACUGCUGCUUCUUGACAUACUCGUGCUCUUUUUUUGGAGGAGCAUUGUGCUGACUUUGCUUUCUGGUUCUAUUUCUUUCCUUGUUUCCCCCUUGCUUCCCCCUUCUGCCGUAUUUGCUGGAAUACUUCCCAGAAAUUGUAGCCCCUGCCCAAAGAUUUCAUGAGCUUAGGACCAAAUUUUAUUCUUCUAUCUGCCUGCCUUCAGCCCUAGCUUCAGGAUGGAAAGGAAUAAUAUAAAAAUGAGACUAUAUUGUCACUAUGCAGAGUAUAUAUAGGGACUUAAUUAAAAAGAAAAAGGAGUAAUUCUCAGUUUCUAGAACUUUAUGUGCACUAUAGCUGCAUUUUUAACUACCUACAUGGGCUUAAAAACGGGUUAUGGAUGUGCCUUCUGCAUUCUUUUUUUGACAGAACAGAGCCCUGUCUGCAAGCCAAAUGUGCUCUGUCUGGAACAUAGGAAGACCAGAGGUGUAAGGUAUAGGUGUGCCCAGUUGGAUUAAGGGUUCAGGAAUGGCCAGAGGGAGCCAGUGUUAGUGUGGUACAUGGGAGAACUGAGUUGUUUUUCUUUCCUGACUGGACUCCUCUUUCCCAAAGUAUAACAGAAGAAUACAUGGUUAGAAUAUUUUUCUGAAGUUAGAUCUUCCUUUCUCUGUUUCCCUCCGUCCUUGUGCUUUGAUAAUAGAAAUCCUGAAGUUGUUGGGGAAGAUACCUAACAGAUCUUAUUAGUUUCUAAUAACUGGCUUGAAAGGCAGCUUAACCACCUCUCCUUCAGCUUUUGCCUUGGCUUCACCUAGAGCACCAUACUUCCUUAACUGUGUGAUAGAUCCUCUAUUACUAGUUCUGUGAAAAUAUCUCCCAGCAGAGCCUUGCAAAUAGCAGUUAACACCCACAAGCUGAAAAACCAAAUGCAUGAAGAGGUAAAAGUGUGUGUUUGUAGUAAUUUCAGAAUUACUAGUUUGAAUAGAUAAGUGUUUUGGUUGGAAACAUGUCUGUGCUGCCUUUUUCAUAUGUCCAUUUGUUCAAUAAAUUUCAUCCUUAUGCAA